AUGUUAUCAUUGUUAUCAGAAACAAAAUGGUCUAGUCCAGGUGGAACACCCGGACCAUAUGGUCGAAUUCGACAAAAACAAGAUUUCAUUGAUAUUAAGAAAGAAAUUGAGAAGUUAAAACGAAUUAGUCGGAAAUUAAAUAAGACUGAAAUUAACAAGAAAUCAAUGGAAGGAAUGGAAUUAAAAUCUUCAUCUAAAUUAUUUGAGUAUAAUUUAAAUAAACAAACACAAAAUGAAAUGCAUUUUAAUGCAUUAUUUGAGCAGAAAAGCGAUGAAAAUAAUGUUAAUUGUGCUAAUGUAACAAAUGUAAAUCAAAAUUUUAAUUUAAAUCAAAAUUAA